AUGGGGCCACUCAAGGAUCGCUUCAAUGUGGACGAGUACCGGGCGAUUAUGGAGACCCGACCGGGUGAGCGGAUGUACAAGCGUCGUGUCAUCAACCUCAUCUUCCACACCUUGGGAGUGAAGGUCCACGUCGUGCUGACCAAGAUCGUGAAGUUCAUGAAGGACAACGCGCUGGUCAUCUGGUACGCGGGACACUGGGUGACUUAUCCGGAGGACUCGUCGUAUGGGGUGAAGGAGAAAAAGAAACGCAAGAGUCUGCAUGAUCCUGCCAUCAAGAAGUACGCCGAGCUGGCCGCCGAACUUCUGAACGCAUGGACCCCAAAAACGAUCCUGUACGAGCCAGUCAUCUGGGUGUAUCCGGCGAAGGUCUGUCCUUGGAUCGUGUUCGACAAGUCCGAGAAGAAACCGGAUGGGAAGUCGUACACGAUGGCCGAGCAGCUCGAGAUCCUGGAUCGUGAAGAACCGACUCGCAUCCAGUGGACAGGGUGGACCCUGGAUAGGAUCAUCGCGGAUCGUCCGGCGCACAUCCGGAAAAUGCUGCUGUCUCCCGAUGAGCGUGCCAACAACUGGGUCUGCGCUGAUCACCGUAGCUAG